CGCUGCCUGGGCCAGCGCCGUUUCCAGUUGAGAGAUGGCGGCCGCCGCAGGUAGAUCGCUCCUGCUGCUGCUCUGCUCCCGGGGCGGCGGCGGGGGCGCCGGCGGCUGCGGAGCGCUGACUGCCGGCUGCUUUCCAGGGCUGGGCGUCAGCCGCCACCGGCCGCACCAGCAGCACCGGACGGCACACCAGAGGCCGGCUUCCUGGCAGAGCGUGGGAGCCGCAUAUUGCAGUACGGCUGCGCCCUCUGAUGACGUGACGGUUGUUUACCAAAAUGGCUUACCAGUGAUAUCUGUGAGGCUCCCUUCUCGGCGCGAGCGCUGCCAAUUCACACUCAAGCCUAUCUCCGACUCAGUCGGUGUGUUUCUGCGACAACUGCAAGAGGAGGAUCGGGGAAUCGACAGGGUCGCGAUCUACUCACCAGAUGGCGUUCGAGUGGCUGCCUCCACGGGGAUAGACCUCCUGCUCCUCGAUGACUUUAAGCUUGUCAUUAAUGACUUAACGUACCACGUGCGGCCACCAAAGAGAGACCUCCUAAGCCAUGAAAACGCAGCAACGCUGAAUGAUGUGAAGACGCUGGUCCAGCAGCUCUACACCACACUGUGCAUUGAGCAGCAUCAGCUUAACAAGGAGCGGGAGCUUGUGGAGAGGUUAGAGGACCUCAGGCAGCAGCUGGCCCCCCUGGAGAAGGUGCGAAUUGAAAUUAGCAGGAAAGCGGAGAAGAGGACCACUCUGGUGCUAUGGGGAGGCCUCGCCUACAUGGCCACACAAUUUGGCAUUUUGGCCCGGCUUACCUGGUGGGAAUACUCCUGGGACAUCAUGGAGCCCGUCACCUACUUCAUCACAUACGGAAGUGCCAUGGCCAUGUACGCGUAUUUUGUAAUGACGCGCCAGGAAUAUGUUUAUCCAGAAGCCAGAGACAGACAAUACUUAUUAUUUUUCCAUAAAGGAGCCAAAAAGUCACGUUUCGAUCUAGAGAAAUACAAUCAGCUCAAGGAUGCAAUUGCUCAGGCAGAAAUGGAUCUUAAGAGACUGAGAGACCCGUUACAAGUACAUCUGCCCCUCCGACAGAUCGGAGAAAAGGAAUGAUCCGAGAUGAACGGGAAUCCCGGCAGAGAGCGCCGCCUGUUUGUAACUCACGCCUUUUUAAUUAAAGCAUGGCAGGUGGAGGCUGGGGCCGCGUGGGGUAGAGGAUUUUUACCUUUAAUUCUAAAAACAAAACACAAAAUGGAUCUUAGGGGAAAAAGGGAUCUUAAGUGCUGCGGAUCAGGCAUCGUGGGAUCCAGGUGCAAAGGGCUUAGCGAAUCUUGUCUUAAGCAUCUCCGUUUCCGGUUUCCGGAUGAGAAUGAAGCCGCAGUGGCAGCUGGGAGGGGAAUGAUGAUGGGGUGUUUGCUUCUUGCGUCUCUGCAGGGUCUGCGAAACACUAACACACCAGCACCCCACUCAGCUCUAGGUUUUUUUGUUUUUGUUUUUUAAUUUAAAGUUUCUUAUUUUUGACAUAGGAAUAAAUAAGUAUAUAAGAAAAUCAAAUCUGAUACGAGAUUGGCAGAGUCUGGGCCAGUGUGGCUAAGCCUUCAUUUUAAGCUGAACCCAGUCUCUGCGAAGUUACCGGAACCUCUCGGUCCUGCACCCCUUUUCUGACCACCUACCUAUUUACAGAUACUGGUCGGUCACACUGCUUUUACCCACAUAAUCAUUGGAGUUAAUUUAUGAUUGUUUGAUGAUUGUCACUUGGAUUAUCUCUUAAUGAGACCUCAUGUCUAUCUCCCCGGACUCUGAAUCAGUGUCUACAGGUCACUGGCAAUACUGCAUGAGGGUUUUGUUGUAUUGGGGGUGGUUUGGUUUGGUUUUUUACUUAAUUAGUCUUGAGAGGAGGAGACGAUUCCUUUCUUUAUAUACUGAUCCCAUUGAUCAUCCCCACCUCCCGCACACCGCGGAUCACAAGGCCAGUGCUCAUCCGUGUUACCAAAGGAGGAGGAUGUAAGGUUUACAAAUCGGCUAAAAAUCAGGCUCCGGGGUCUGUUUCAGAAUCAGGAUACUCUCUAAAUCUAAGACACCCGCUUCCUCACCAUCAUGUGCCCUCACAACUCCACCACCCCAGUUGUUGGAAAUCAAGGGCGGAUCUCAAAGGGUGCAGCUAUCUUUUUACCAGGAGUACCUUCCUAUGGCUUCCUUCAGCCUGUCUUCUCCACCCCGAUUCUUUUUAUCUUAAGCCUCUCAUCAGAGUGGUCUCUGUCAUCUUCCCAGUUGGUACCUGCCCUGGAAGUCAAAGCACUCUGCCUAGUGUCCUGUUUUUAACUGUUCUGGGGACAGGAUGGCAAGGAGGAUGGGGUCUUGCCACACAGCUGCUUGGGUGUUUGGUUUUGGUUUGUUUCCUUCACGCGAUUCACCCUUCCUCUUGGGACAAGGGGUUUCUCGUUCCUCCUCCUUUUGGGAUCAUUGCAUAUGAAAGAAAACCUUUAAAUGACAAACCCAGACUCCAGGUGCCUUGCAGAGGUUGAAGGCCAGCCCAGCAGCGUCUGCCAGGCAGUCACUGGCCUGCCAGAGCAAGAGGAUGCAUGUCUCGGUCCCCUCUCCCUUGUUCUUUUUCCUUGUGCAGACUGUUUUUAAGCCAUCUAUCCUGUUUGCGGGCAGGGCUCUUAAGAAGUGCAAUGAGCGAAUCUUCUGGGUAGUGUGGGAGGCGAGGGGGGGCGAGCAAGAUGCUGGACACGUGUACAAUCCUGUAUCAUUUAUGAAAUAUGUAUAAAAAGCAAUGUACCUUCUGGAACAAUAAAUACUUAUUCAAUUUUUGAA